CGGGUGUCGCUGUGCUCAUUCGGAGAAAGGGAGACGUAUAUGCACCGUCGAAAAGGAAAUACGGAAAUAGGCCGAGACAGACGCGAGAGCGUUAAGUAGAGUAAUGUCGGGCUUUCGGGGCGGACGCGGCUCUCCUCGCAGUUGUCUACCGUGAUGCACGUAUCGAUGGUGUCUCGUAACUCUCAGAGAAGACAGAAAAUGUCGUCGAGGAAACGUUGACGGUGUACACGAUAUACGGAACAACGUACAAAGGCUUGCCACUAGACCACGGAGCGAGAACUAUGAUGAGAUAACGAACGCAGAAUGAAAUACAACAACGUUGACUUUCUCGGUUAUGCAGUCCUCACAUUCACCUUACAUCUUAACGUUCGCGCAGAAGACGGAGUUGCUUGCAAAGAUUUACAAGGACGUUCUUAUGAAAGCGGCUUCCUUUAUUUUCCCGGUCCAGAACCUUGUACAUUUUGUGUUUGUGACAACGGCAAUCCAAAAUGGUGCAAAGCUGUUAUCUGCAAGUUUCUGGAGAAAUAUUUUUAUAUAACUUUUCAGGAAGAUUGUAAAUCUUUGCGAAGAAGCGAAACAUGCUGUGAAUUUAUUUGCUUAAACGACGCUAAUGAAAAGUCUGAUGGCAGCGGUACCAACUUGGUAGAAGGAAGUGCUAACUAUGAUAUAGGAUUACGUUCUGUUGCCAGUUUUGUAACGGCAAUAUUGUCUUUAAGUCUUUUAUUUUUCUUGAUACAUCGCCUACGUCAACGAAAAAUUAGAGAUUCAGGAUAUCCCAUGUUAGUGUGUGUGGCAGGAAGACAAAGCAGACAAUUAGCAGAGGACCAAAGAAAUCUGGGCAGUAUGGGAUAUUUGGAAAGAGGAGGACUACAGCAUAGCAUUCCGAUGGAUGACAUGCCCUGCGGCGGUGGGUAUCCUUUGUGGAAACCAGCGAACAAUUAUUUCCCACGUGGAGAAGCACCUCCACCUUACGAAGAAGCUGUAGCUGCUGCUAGAACGGAACAAGCGCUAUUAUCUAUGGCUCCCCAUACGUUAUCACCAUUAAAUUUUUCAAAUGGCUAUUUGCAAGAUUCUAAUAGUCAUUCGAACAUAGCUGUUGUAGCUAGUAGUCAAGAUGCGUUAAAUUCGACUUCACCGAUGCCUUCGAAUAGUAACGGUGCAAGCACUGUCCCAUUAGUAUCUUCGUCAAACGUAGCGAUCGGUUCAUUAACCACAUAUACGAACUGUCAUCAGCUUAAUCAGAGUGAACAAUCAACGACACUUAACGUUGGUACAUCUACUGCUACAAAUUAUUCGGCAUCUACGAACACAUAUGAGAAUUUGCCUGUCUCAACUGGUAUAACAAAUUUCACUUACCAAAUUGCCACGGCAAGUAACGAUACCCAACCAUUAGCAAGUUCACAUUCCACAAUUUCGAAAAAUUAUCGACAACACACCACAUUUCCUCGACAAAGUGGUGCAUUUACAAUAUCCGCGAGCUUACCAAAUUCCGAUAUAUCCGCUCAUCGUACAAUUCCAAGAACGCUGACGAAUAACACUACGACGAGAAUAAAAGAUAUUAUGAGGGAUCGUUCAACGGAAGAACUUUUCCAUCUUCCACCGAGAAAUUUAUCCCCUCAGAAUUUGCCGCAAUCAACAUCACCCGUUAUUUCCAAUGAUCAAGAACAUGCGCAAGAUUCUAAUGCAUUUUGCAAGGACGUUUUAACGUCUGCCAUGAACAUUUCUCAAAUUGAAAGACAACAAGGAAACGUUUCGCGAAAACCAUAUGAUUUUAAGCCUCCUUUAAACAUUGCUAAUGAGAUUAACGAAGAUGGAAGUUUUGAAUCGGUAGCUUGUACUUGCAGCAUGCAAACUCUUCCAACUCUUCACGAUGACGCGGAUGAUUAUCGUAGCGAGUGUGAAAAUUGUAAAAGCGCAACAGGAUCUCGUUAUUACUUGGAUAACGAAGAUGAGUUGGUUACAUCGCCACACGAAACCAUGACAUUACAUAGGAGACCAGAGGACACAGCAUCAAGUGCCACACCUCAGUAUUAUAGGACUUCUCUUACACUGCCGACAAGUACUCGUCAACGUACCAGGAGUACUGGAGUUCGAGAAAAUUGGUUUAAUACCAUGCCACAAAGCUCUACAGAAUCUUCGGAUGAAAAUUAAAUGUGUAAAAAAAAAAAAAACAAAAUAACCAAAAAAAUAAUAAAACAAAACAAAAAAGAAAAGAAGAAAACAAAAAAAAUACAUAAUGUCUAUAUGUUGAGUAAGUACCAAAAUACGCAAACGCGUAAUAAAUAUUAGGAUCGUACACGCUCAUUUCAGAGUAAAUAAAAUUCGGUUUGCUUUACACAUAACAUGGGACGGUAUUGAUAGCUGGAACUCGCUACAAAGAAUAACAAUUUUUUACUAAAGAAGUUCGUUAGAUAUGCGUCGUUUCUGUUAAAUUACAGGUAUUUGAUUAGAAAGCAGAAAUACAUGAGUGAUACAGAAUGUACAAAAAUGGCUCUUCGUUUAUUAUAGAUAUUUUUUGAGAUAGUUACCAUAUGUGUACGUUACUGAACUGCGAAUGUUUGUGCAAAUGCAUAUUUUAAUAGGAAAAAAUAAUGAUUUUUUAUCAAUAAAUGAUAAUUUUAUCAAUAAAUCAAUAACUUUUAUAUACGAAUAUGGUAAUUGACAUGGUUUAUGAAAUAGCGAGUGGAACUUAAUUAUUUUACAUGUGCUCGCAUAUUUUACACACUUUUUAUGAAUAUAUGCAUAUUUUUCAUGCAUAUAUAAUACGUUUUUUCUUUUCUUUUUCUUCUUAAAUAUGUACAUGCAUAAAUAUCAGCAGUCUGAACAUCACAUAAUAUUUUUUUAUAUGUUUUAGUUUACCGUUGUAUUUGCAUUAACUAAUUUAAUAAAAUAAUGAAAAAUGACUUUAUUAUUUAUAGCUGUAAGUGUACAAACUCUAUAAAACUAUUAAUAUGUAUAUACGUUAUAUACAUAUAUAUAAAAAAAAAAAAGAUCAAAAAGGGUUUGCCAAAAAUCUGGACAAUUUUGAACGUAUAUAUUGUAAACUUUCGAUAAUUUAUAGAUUUUUAGGUAAUAGAAAGUUUCCAUAAGUUUUCGAAACCGUAACGAUUGAUUCGUAAGAUAUUUUUAAAUUUAGAUUUAGGUUGACAGAGAGGGAGAGAGAGAGAGAGAGAGAGAAAGAAAGAGAAAAGAAAAGGAGUAUCACAUUUCAAUGUCAUUGUUAGACAUCGUUGUUAUAUGAUUCUUUACAUAAAAUAUGGUUCAUCUUAACGUAAAAAAAAAAAAAAAAUAAAAGAAAAAAAUACAUCACAUGGGAAGCAGUAU